UUAAGAGGUUCUGCUUGCAUAAAAAAAGGUUCAAAUAAAAGAAAAUCUAAGGACCAAAAAAAAGAUCAAGUUGAGAAGAAAUGGCUUUGGAGAGUGUUUUGGAGGAUUGUGUGGCAAAUUAUGAAAUUCUAUCAAAUACAGAUCAUUACAUUCUUAAGGUUCCUUUGCCAUAUGGAAUCGAGUUUAAAUUGAUAAUAGCUCAAAUAAACAAAGAAGGGAUGGCAAGGAUCCUUUGGAAGCCGAAAGGGUUAAGGGCAAGAAGCAUUGCCACAAAAAAAGAGUUACCUUUUCUUCCACAGGGAGAUCGCGACCGUGAUGGGAUUAAAGGAAAGGCUGAAAAGGGCUUUCUUUAUGUCACUCGACCAAAACGAAAACCCUCUGCCACUCCAGAUAUGGUAGAAUCACUCAGACACAACGCCCCCAUACCUCGGCCCAACAGAGAAGUAACCACUGGUAGAAGUAAUACCAUAAGUGUGGCAGCAACCAAGACAGAAGAAGGUUUUAGUCCAGCACUAGCAGCAGCUUAUUAUGAUGAUCUUGCAACAAAGCUUUGGACUAACCGCAUGGAAAUACUGAAUGUGGCUCUCGGUUUGGCUGUAAUUAGUAUUAGCAUGUAUGUUAUAACUGGGAAACAUAUCUGAAGAGGAUUCAACAAUGUAUUUACAGAGAAAUUGUAAAUACAUAAAUUUACCAGCUACAUUAUGCGAUGUGAUUCAAUUUAUAUGUCUACAAUGGAAUAAAGAGUACAAG